AUGCAUGAGAAAGCUAAAACACCUCUUAGGGCAUCUCCAGAGGCAGCUGGAUUGGACCUAUAUUCCAUUGAGACCAUGGUGAUCCCACCAGGAAAGGUAAGAAUAAUCUCAACAGGUAUAGGCUGUCAGAUUCCUCUGGGACAUUAUGGCCAAUUAGCAACUAUAUCAAGUAUGGCGGUCCGUGGAGCUGUAGUUCUGGGAGGGGUAAUAGAUGCUGAUUACCAGGGAGAAAUCAAAGUAGUGAUAAUUAACCUUAGCACUGAAGCUAUGAUUUUAACAGCCCAGGACCAAGUAGCUCAGUUACUUUUGAUUUCUUUAUAUAUUGCUAACAUUAAAGAGGGAGAGGCCCCCACAACAUUGACAGUGAGAGGAGAUCAAGGUUUUGGUUCCACUAACACAGUUAAUGUAGGGGCUAAAAUUUGGGUACAGGGGGCAUUUGGUCCCCCAGAACCUGCAGAAGUAAUAGCUGUAGGUAAGGAUCCCACCCUACUGAUCAUGAAACCAGGUAGAGAAAAGUGGGAAUAUGUCCCACAAGAAAAAUGUUACUUGCGAGAAUGA